AUGAACCGUCUCUUCUACGCCGCUUGCUUUAUGGCUCUCCUCCAGUGGACUGCACUGGCCAUGCCGACUCUUGCUCCACGAGCAGACCAAGUCGCAGCCUCGCACAAGGGACAAUCGGACGAGAAAUGCUUCCUCGGAUGCGGGCUAUUCGGCAACAGCUUCUACACUUACCCCUUUGGCAGCUCUUACCUCGUCAACCCUUAUAACCUCUACUAUGGCAACUCUUUCUAUGGUGGCGGCCUCAACUACAACUUGGGUUACAACAACCUCUACGGCAACUUCGGCAUCGGCGCUAACGUAGGACUGUUCAAGAAGGACGCGGCUGAACCAAACAAACACCAUGAGAACUCGGCCUGA